GCCAUUAUUGAGGGUGGAUUACAUCAGGAGCCCUACAGUCCAUGGACGAUGACUUGUGGACAGCAUUAACACAUAAAGGUGACCGACUGAGCCCUGCUGCUGUCACCAUGCUGACCCGGCUCUUCAGGCUGCACGGCCUGUUUGUAGCCACUCACCCCUUGGAGGUGAUCGUCGGAACGAUCGCUGUGACGAUCUGUCUCAUGUCGAUGAACGUCAUCGCCGGCGGUGAUCAGAUCUGUGACUGGAACCACCAGUGCUCUAAAGCGCAGGAGAAGGUCUAUAGUAGUGACAUCAUAAUUCUAACUGCGACAAGAUGCUUAGCCAUCGUCUACAUCUACUUACAGUUCAGAAACCUGAGACAGCUCGGAUCCAAGUACAUGCUCGGCAUUGCUGGACUCUUCACCGUGUUUUCCAGUCUCGUCUUCGGCACCGUGGUCAUUCACUUCCUGGGCAAAGAGCUCACAGGCCUCAAUGAAGCGCUGCCUUUCUUUCUGUUGCUGAUUGACCUGUCUAAAGCGUGCACGCUGGCCAAGUUCGCUCUCAGCUCAAACUCUCAGGAGGAAGUAAGGGAGAACAUAGCAAAGGGAAUGGCCAUUCUGGGGCCCACCUUCACCCUGGAUGCUGUGGUGGAGUGUCUGGUCAUCGGCGUAGGAACCAUGUCAGGUGUGCAGCAGCUGGAGCUGGUGUGCUGUUUCGGCUGCAUAUCCGUCCUGGCCAACUACUUCGUCUUCAUGACCUUCUUCCCUGCCUGUGUCUCUCUCGUCCUGGAGCUGUCGAGAGAGAACCGAGAAGGACGACCCAUCUGGCAGCUGAGUCAGUUUGCCCGUGUUCUGAAGGAAGAGGAGGACAACAAGCCCAAUCCUGUCACCCAGCGUGUCAAAAUGAUCAUGUCGCUGGUCUUGGCGCUGGUCCACGCCCAUACACGCCUGUUGGCUGAAGCCCCCGGCCACAACGAUUCCGGCUCGGCCGUGGACGUGCACAACCGUAGCGCGAAUCCACACACACCCAUGACGAGUCUGGACAUGGAGCAGGUCAUCACUCUGUCUCUGGCUCUCCUGCUGGCCGUCAAGUACGUCUUCUUCGAGCAGACGGAAGUUGAAUCCUCCCUGUCUAUCAGAUCCCCCCAAACCUUCCUGACGAACAGGAGGGCGGGAGAGGACUGCUGUAGGAGGGAGCCAGUCGUACCCAAAGUCCUGCAAAGGGGGAACAGCAAUCCCAGCUCAACGCCCCUGUGCAGCACACAAGAGAGUGUUGAUGUAAAUCAGCCUGCAGCCGAACAGACUAGAGAGGAACGAUCGGAGGACGGAGAGGAACACAGUAAAUCGUCGUCUCAACCUCGCUCUGUAAACGAGUGCCUGAGCAUCCUCAGAGACCAGCAGUGGGGUCCUGGUUUCCUGAGCGAUGCCGAGGUGAUCUCGCUGGUGAAGAACAGGAGCAUUCUGGGAUACCGCUUGGAGGCAGAGCUGGAGAACCCCGAAAGAGGCGUGGCCAUACGAAGGGAGAUGCUCUCUCACAAGCUGCCAGGCCUCUCAGCGCUGGAGAAACUGCCCUACAAAGGAUACGACUACUCGACGAUAAUGGGCACGAGCUGUGAGAACGUGAUCGGCUACGUACCCUUGCCGGUGGGAGUGGCUGGGCCGCUGCUAUUGGACGGGAAGGAGUACUACAUCCCCAUGGCGACCACGGAGGGCUGUUUAGUAGCCAGCACGAACCGAGGCUGCCGAGCCAUCACGCUGUCGGGUGGUGCGAGUGCCCGUGUUCUGGCGGACGGCAUGACCCGGGGUCCAGUGGUGCAGCUGCCUUCUGCAUGUAGGGCAGCAGAGGUUAAAUCGUGGCUGGAGAGUUCCGAUGGCUUCGGCGCACUAAAACAGGCCUUCGACCAGUCCAGCAGGUUUGCUCGGCUGGACCGGUUGCAGAUCAGUCUGGCUGGCAGGAACCUCUACAUCCGGUUUCAGGCUCAGACCGGGGAUGCCAUGGGCAUGAACAUGCUCUCCAAGGGUACCGAGCAGGCGCUGUGCAGACUUCGGGAGCAGUUUCUCGACCUGCGUGUGUUGGCCGUCAGCGGAAACUACUGCACGGAUAAAAAACCCUCAGCCGUCAACUGGAUCCACGGCCGAGGGAAGUCUGCCGUGUGUGAGGCCACCAUACCGGCCAAAGUGGUCAGAGAGGUGCUAAAGACGAGCACUGCGGCUCUUGUGGAGCUGAACAUCAGCAAGAACCUAGUGGGCUCCGCCAUGGCCGGGAGCAUCGGAGGCUUCAAUGCACAGGCUGCCAACAUCGUCGCUGCCGUCUACAUCGCAUGCGGACAGGAUCCCGGUCAGACGGUGGGCAGCAGUAACUGUAUCACUCUGAUGGAGGGGGUCGGGGCAGAUGGAGAGGACCUGUGUAUCUCCUGCACCAUGCCCUCUAUUGAGCUGGGAACCGUCGGAGGGGGCACUAACCUGCCCCCACAGCAAGCCUGCCUACAGAUGUUGGGCGUGCAGGGAGCGAGUGCAGAUUGUCCAGGGGAGAACUCGCGCACCCUGGCACAGGUGGUAUGUGCUGCGGUACUGGCCGGUGAACUAUCACUCAUGGCUGCCCUGGCUGCUGGACACCUCGUGAAGAGUCACAUGACCCUGAACAGAUCGAAAGCCAACCUUGCAGAAUUGUCUAAAUCGAUGCCAAAGGAACCAUCCUGAUAACCGAGGACCGUCUCACUUUUUCGGAUUCUGGAAACCCGAAUCCGAAGCCUACGC